CGUUGAACCGGUGACAAUGCAGCGGUUACAGUGCGGUGUUUGCUGUCGCGUUGCGCUUUUGUACGCCUUGUACGGUACUGCGGUCGUAAAACCGAUGACGGUCUCGCCGGACGUGUACUUCACGACGCCCGAUCCAUUGCCGGCGCGCGUACAAUCACGCGCGUUACGCUAGCGGCCCGAGCGGCUACAGCGGCGAAUACGACGGCGGCGGCGGCGGUGGGCCCUACAGGUACGGGCAGCGCAGCUUGCCGACCGGGGCCAAGCAUAAACGACUAGAUCGCGGUGGCGAACAGAAAUUCGCCAUGUACGAGACGCCGCACACGUACGAAUACAUGAUGGACCCGAUGAAAAGGGAAAAGAACCAGAAGUCCCGCGUGCCGAAGACGGAAAAGCGGCCGCCCGGCGAGGACGUCGAGUUUAUUGACGGUUCGCGGGGUAAAGAGCGCAGCGACGAGGAGGGCGAGCGGUCGGCGGGCCGCAGGAACGCCAAAGGCCGGCCGCAAAAAGACGGCGGUUCGUCGGACAGCGGCGGCGGCGGCGGUGGCGAGACCGAAGAACGGUCGGACGAGACGGCGGAGACGAAGCACAGGGGACGCGUGAACGUCGGCGAUUUAGCCAGGGGAGCGCGGUACGUGCACGACGAACUUCCGGUCAAGCACAAAAUCCACAAGAAGAACGAGUUCUCCAAGAAGCAACAGUUCUACGACGAGGAGCACGUCGACCGACUUGAACCGGCCGCCGGCAGACCUGGUGUUGUCCGUAAGCCGGACACGGCCGCGGGCCACGAGGCCAAGCGACACGGCCAACACGGCGAACACCGUGAACCCAACGUCAAGCGGAUCGUGCGACGGAAGAAGAGAAAGAACCCGCCAACCAAAAACACCGUGCCGGCUGCCACCACUAGCGGCUAUAAGCGACCGACCGGCGGACGCGUGGGACAGUACGGUCUGCAAAACUUCGAAAUGUUUACUAAUUAAUUAUUACUAAUUAUUAAUAAUUUUUUUUGAUUUUUACUAUUUUUCUAAAAAGACUGUGAAAUUAUUUUUAAAGUCACGCGACUCUAACGAUAGCGAUAUGUUAUUAUAAAUUAUAACGAAUCCAGUGAUAAACAAUCAUAAUAACGCUAAUAAUGGUUUUCUCCUUCAAGCCGGAACAAAUCCAAUGGCAUUCCACCGGAACGAAUUACAAUCGACUAUCGUUUCACCACGGUCGUUAACGUCAGUAUAUUCAUAGAAUUCUCGCACUGAAUUCCAUAUAAUAAAAUGCUCUUAAAACAAUAUAUGUGUAAUAAUAUAUAAAUAUUAUUAUUUUUUCAAUAACUUUCGAUUAGGAUCAUUUGUCAUACUUAACUAUUUACUGACUAUCAUGUGAAUUAUGCAAAGUUCCUUUAUUUAUAAACAAGAAUCGUGUUUGUUCCUGCCAAACGCUGUUUCCCAAAGCUGUCUAUCAAAACAAUAGGACGUUUUGCUAGCAACGGGACGGAUAUCUGACAGUAUUGAGAAUCACACAUGUAGAAAUAUUAUUGUAUAUUAACGGACACAGCUUUAAUAAAAAGUAUCUUAUAAUAGUUUAAUUAUUAUACUGGAGAUGUAAGUAGAUAUAGUUUAGAACCGUUUAAAGCGGUAAUUAAAAAAAUAUACGAAAACAUAAAUUAGUAGUUAGUACUAAUCAUCCGAUCGCCUCGUUUAUAUGUUAUUGUUUUUUGUA